AUGAAAGAUAAUUCAAAGGUCCCCAAUGAGGACGAUGGGAGAUGGCAGUUUAUUAACAGGGUCAGGACAGCACGUGUUGGCUCUGCGGACUCUCACGGAGUUGGCUCUUCUCCAAUGGACAUGGCCCUGCCUCUGAUCCAAGAGUCUCAGACACACCCCAAAUAUCCAGCCUUGGCAGUUGGUGAUAAGAAGUUAGCAAAGUUCAAGAAAACGACUGAAGCACCUGUGGCAAGAAUAUUCUGCACGAUAGCUCGGUUCCGCAAAGGAUCGGUGAAGGUGGAAACCACGGCAAUGAAAAAGCUGGAUGUUAUUCUGAUGUUGGCCCUGCUCUGCUCCUUGGUCAGCGCUUCCCCCAGAGUCCCCAACUGCUGCUGCCAGCAAACGUGCUCCUGCAAGGUCAUCGAUCUCCUUCGUGGAACUGGAAACCAUGCAGCCGGCAUCCUCACGCUGGGCAAGAGGAAAACCAAUGCCCAGCCCUUCCAGAACCGCCUACACCAUCUCUUUCAUGGUCUCGAGAACCAAGCUACUGGCAUUCUCACUAUGGGCAAGAGAGAAGAGCCUCAGCAGGUGUCUUUGGCAGAAGAUAGCCCAGGAACCAACAGUAGAUGUGAGGACAAGAGGUCUCUGCUGGAAAAGCGUUUCAGUUGGGAUCUUCAGCUGGGAUCUCAGGAGCAGCAAGAAUUUCCAGAGGCCCAAAUGGCCAAAAAAGACUUAGAGCCAAGCGAAUGUCCAGCACAACUUUUGAAACUGUUUUAA